AUGGCCACCUUCCGGCGUUUCGUCCCUGACGAUGUCGACAAAUUUUCAAAAUGCAACCUCGACCCCUUGACGGAAACUUACGAGCUUGCGUUCUAUCUUCAAUAUCAUGCCAAAUGGCCAGCCCUGUUCCAGGUCUGCGAAGACAUGAAUGGGAAUAUUAUUGGCUACAUCAUGGGCAAGGUUGAAUCGUCUCCCGAUAUCUACAAGUUUUCCGAGCAUUACCUGCCCUGGCACGCACACAUUACUGCCCUGACCGUCGCACCGGAGGCUCGCAGGCUAGGCAUCGGUAAAAUCCUGACGGAGCAGCUGGAGGUCGCAGCUGACGCAAACGAUGCUUGGUUUGUUGACCUCUUCGUUCGGACCAGCAACCACCGAGCCAUCAACUUCUACAAGGGCAUGGGCUAUAGCGUCUUCCGCGUGGUGAAAGACUACUACGGCGACCAUGCCACCGAUUCCAAGGCUACCAGUGAAGAUGCCUUCGACAUGCGGAAGCCAUGUAAGCGGGAUACCAAGCUACAACAUAUUCGGGACGACGGCGAGAGGCACGAGGUCGACCCGGGUGAUGUGUGGUGA